AUGUAGUCAAUUAUUAGUCAAUGCCAAGAUUUAGAUGAAGAGUAUAGAUAACUAGUUUAGACAAUAAAUAACAUGUUAGACAACCUUAGUAUAGUAAGUCUUGAAUUUGUGAAUUCAAAAUUAGAAUUUUUAGAUAAAUACUCAAGUACUCUAAAAUCAAGUUAAAUUGAUGCUCGAAUUCAUAGGAAUUCAUAAAUGAAGAAUUUAAUUGAAUAUAUAAAAAUGCAUAGGAAAUCAGAAGUAAAAUCGCUUGCAUAAUCACCACCAGCAAAGAUGGCUCAUCAUCGUCCUAAAUAUUCAUUUAAUGAGAAAGCCUUUUCCUGUAUGCUUUAUAAUAGCAUGAACCAUAUGACUUAAUAAAAAACAUAAAUUAAUGACUUUGAUUAAUCUUAACAGAAACAUACUCUUAAAUAAAAAAAUCUAAAUGUUUUGUAAAAUUUAAUAGGAAAAUAAAAGCUUGAAUAGAGAAAGGGAAACGAGGACAUGUUUCGAUUGCUCUAAAAAUGCAUGCAUUUAAUCUCUUAGAAAUAAGAAUUCUAAGAAGUAUACGAAGAUUUAUAAAAAGAAUAUAGAGAUAUAGUUAAGAGUAAUAGGAGUUUGUAAUGCAAAGUUAAUCUUGACUAAAAAUCAUCAAAAUUGAAGGAGAAUUUAAAUUAAUUAAUGGUAAGCCAAGAAUCAUUUAAAUCAUACCUCAAUUCAGUUAUUUGA